UUCCAUGCAUCUUGUGUGUUAAAUGAAGAAUUGAAAGUAGAAUUUGUCAUCAAUCCUUGUAUUGUCCUCCUGAGAUUACCUAACAUGAUUGCUCCAUACAGAGUAAUUAGCAAGGCUCCGCUGGUGUCAGGCCACGCCGGUGUGAAAUUCACAGUCCUGGAAACUCUCGACCAUAUAAAAGAGGAAUUCCAGCUGUUUCAGGCCCAGUAUCACAGUCUGAAGCUGGAAUGUGAGAAGUUGGCGAGUGAGAAAACAGAGAUGCACAGACAUUAUAUCAUGUAUUAUGAAAUGUCUUACGGGCUGAACAUUGAAAUGCAGAAGCAGGCAGAGAUUGUAAAGCGGCUCAGUGCUAUAUGCACUCAGAUCAUUCCACUGCUGUCCCAAGAGCAUCAGCAUCAGGUCGCUCAAGCAGUGGAAAGAUCCAAACACGUUAGCAUGGCCGAGCUCAACGCUAUCAUCGGGCAGCAGCAGUUUCAGCAUCUAUCCCAUCAUGCCCCAGGCUUCCCUCUGACUCCACACCCCUCAGGACUGACCCUGGGAGCGGGUGCGAGCCUCAUGGCUCUUCCCGGGGCCUUCCCGUUCCCCCCGCACCUGGCGCCUAAAGAUGACAUCACUCACCCCGAGCCCCUGGACUCCAGAGAUGGAGCUCCAAACAGAAGCAGCAGCGGCUCUCCGGUGGGCCAUCGGUCUGCAGGCUUGCGUCUGGGUCUUCCUCCUCCUCCUCCUUCCUCUUCCUCAUCCUCUCAUGCUGAUAUGGACAAUAAACGGGGCGGCCCAGACCAGACCAGCACGGGACGAACACGGAGGGAAAGUGGCGGUAAAAGUGAAGACGCUCUCAGAAGAGACGGCACUAAAGAGAAAAGUGCGUCACCCGCAGGAGUCUCUCCCAGAUCGACGGAAGGGAAUGGACUGAACAGCUCCCCGGUGCUCAGGAAGAAUCCGUCCAGAGAAGGCUCUUCCUCGCCUCAAUCUCAACCACGCUCGCCCGGACUCUGCAGGAGCCCCACUCAGGAGAAAGUGAGAUCUCCUUCUCCUUCAGCGUCCCAUGAUUCACUCUCUCCUGGCUCUCCAGCACCUCUCUCGUCCUCCGCCCGCGGCCCGUCUCCCGCUCUCAAACACUAGGACCCACUCCUUCCCAUGGAGUGAGACUAGUGAAAGACAGCCACUACCCCUCCCCAGCCCGCCCUUCCCAGAAUGCACGGGGCCAGUCCCAGAAUGCACCGGGUCAGGCCCCAGAGUGCUUGGGCAUGGGCAUCAGGUGCCUUGUCAGAAGCCCUUCAUCUGUUCUUGUGGCCCUCCGAGCCGAACUCGGAGCGAACCGCAUCUGUGUUUUUCACAUGCCGGGCGUAAUCAGCCAAUCAGCUGUCUGACAGCUCUGUCAGCCAAUUAGAAAGCAAGCUGAAUAUUCUGUGUGACAGGCCAAUGGAGGCAAGAUACGGGUUUCUCCGUAUCAUCUCCCACACAGAAACGCCAGUUUUGUGUCAAAAUGAGUUCAAAACAAAGGCAUGGAAACUUCUAGACAAAUGGACGUUGAGGUGUUCCUGUUAUAGCACCAUUUCACUUUUUCCCCCAGAGCUUUUAACUGUGUCAGUAAAGAGCUCGAAACACCCUGAAGUCAUCGCAUCGUUUCCCCUCACUGA